UAAAUUAUAUUAGAAACUUAGAAAUUUAACGAAAAUAUUUUUAUAGAAAAAUGUCUGUACCGGAUUGGCUUACAGAGGCGUAUAUGACACAGGCUUUGCGUACUCACCAUAAGGAUGAAAACUUGAGAAUAAUAGAACUACAACUGCAUAUAGCCAUGGGAAAAGGUGAAAAUUUUGGCGGCAUAUUGACACGUGCAAAGGUUAAGUAUCAACUGAGCCAUGGGCAGAAAAUACUCGAAAAGUCACUAAUGAUUAAAACUUCCUAUGAAGAUAAUGAAUUUGCUUUAAAACUAAUGCAACCUUACGAUAUCUUCAAUCGUGAAAUGUGCAUCUAUGAAAAUGUAUUGCCUAAGCUAACAAAGCUUUUACGUGAUAUAAAUGACAGCGACGAUUUAUUUGCUAAUGCCCUACAUGUAGAUUAUGUGCGCCAGGCCAUUAUUUUCGAGGAUCUCAGCGCAAGAGGGUAUAUCAUGGCGGACCGUGUUACGAGGCUUGACUUACCACACGUUGAGUUGGUGCUGCGCAAAUUGGUUAAAAUGCACGCCACAUCUGCUGUGCUCAACGAACGGGAAUCCGGUUCUUUAGAAACCUAUGAUCGUGGUUUCUUUAAUCGGUACACUAAUAAUUACAGUCCAUAUUUUGUUGGUGGUUUAAUAGCCUGCGGGGAACACGUCAGCAAGUGGCCUGAAUAUGCUAAAUAUGGUGAAAAACUGUUAGCUCUUGCUCCUCAUUAUAUGGAAAUUGGUAAAUGUUGUUUUACUCCAACUCCUUCGCAUAUUAACGUUUUAACUCAUGGUGAUGUUUGGACUACAAAUAUUAUGUUUAAAUAUGAUGUUGACACAAAAACUCCAAUUGAUGUUUUACUAAUUGAUUUCCAAUAUGCAUUCUGGGGAUCUCCCACUUUGGACUUACAUCACUUCUUCAACACUUCACUAAAGGAGCCAUUACGUUGUAAUGAACAAGAUUAUUUAUUUAUGUUUUAUCAUAAAAUCUUCAUAGAAACUUUAACAAAAUUAAGUUACCAGCGACAUGCUUUACCCAGUUUAAAACUAUUCCGACAACAAGCUGAGGAAAAACGAUUUUUUGCUUUACACUCAACUUGUGUUGUUCAACCAGUUAUGAUCAAUGAGGACACCAAGGAUGCAGAUUUCAAUGCAUUAAUGGGAGAAGACGAACGAGCUGUAAACUUUAAGAAGAGACUCUAUAAUAAUAAAAUAGUGCAACAGAAUCUCAAAAAUUUACUACCCAUGUACGAUCGCCGAGGUCUGUUAGAAAUAAAUCAGUGUAAUUAGGAGGAAAAAUAUGCGAUAAAAAUAUUUUUAUAAUAUUUAAAGAAAAAUAAUUAUUUUAUAUA